CUACAGCGAAGGUUUUGUCUUAUAUAAAGCAUGAUAAACAGUGCAGUAGCAUUCACAAGGGACAUCAGACAACAGCAAAGAGAAACUCCCUGCUUUUUCCACAGGAGAAUGGCUCUGAAGACCUCAGCUCUGGUGCUCCUUCUUUUGGGUUUGAUGGUGCCGCAGAGCCUCUGUCAGCACUGGUCCUAUGGACUGAACCCAGGAGGGAAGAGGGAGCUCAGCAGUCUGUCAGACACCUUUGGAAGUAGAGUGGAACGGUUUCCACAUGUGGACACACCCUGCAGUACUGUGGGCUGUGCAGAGGAAUCACAGUUGGCCAAAAUUUACAGAAUGAAAGGACUGUUAGGCUCUGUGACAGAAAAUGGACAAGGAACAUAUAAAAAAUGAAAACUAUUUGAUUCUUUAAUAAAUGAUCAUGAGCAUGUGAA